AUGUUGGAGUUUUAUCCAAUGCCCACGAACCUCAAUCAAGUCGGUGGCAGUUUAUAUUCGCUGCAGCAGAAUCAUGGCGGCGCACGUUUCCUGGACAGUCCCAGUGCAACGGCAAAUGUAAACAGCAACAUGACAACUGCCUGUUUGCCCAACAGCAGCAGCGGCAGCAGCAGCAGCAACAACAACAGUAAUAUCCAUAGCAACAACAACAGCAACAACAUCAAUUUGGCAGCAAGCAUUUCCGGCAGCAGCAGCAACAACCCGACAGCAACAGCUUCAUUAACGGCAUCUGUAAUUUCCUCACAACAACAACACCAACAACAGCAGCAACACGCGGUCUCACCAGCGCCAAUUAACAGCUGCCCAACGCCCACAGGUCACAGUCCCAUCAACAACAACAAUAACAACAGCAACAGCAACAACAACAACAGCAAUAACAAUAACAGCAAGAGCCAAAACUCCGCCUGCAACACAUUAACAGCUGCUGCUGCCGCAACAACAGCAACAGCAGCCAUCUCUGCGCCAGCAACAGCAGCAACUGGAGCGGGCACCGCAUCGACGGCGUCGGCGUUGGCGCUGGCGUCAGCAUCGAAAUUGUCUGCUGAUUGCAGUGGACGCACAGAAGUGGGCCACAUCAAGUGCGAGAAGAACUAUGAGCUGUGCGAGGGCUGCGGCCAGAAGAUCCACGACCGCUAUCUGAUGAACGUGGGCGAUGCCAACUGGCACGAGCAGUGCCUGGCCUGCUGCUACUGCGGCAUUCAGCUGCACCACACUUGCUACGUGCGCAACUCGAAGCUCUACUGUAAGCUGGACUACGAUCGGCUGUUUGGGGUGAAGUGCGCCGCCUGCUGUCAUGCCAUAUUGCCGCAGGAGCUGGUGAUGCGGCCCAUACCCAACUAUGUAUUCCAUCUGCCCUGCUUCGUGUGCUACGCCUGCCGUCUGCCGCUCCAGAAGGGCGAACAGUUCAUGCUGCGGGACGGCCAGCUCUUCUGCUAUCGCCACGAUCUGGAGAAGGAGAUAUUUCUGGCGGCUGCAGCCGCACAGCACUGCGGGUUUGUUGGGCUGGACGAGGAGGAUCUGCUGCGGCCACGGGACGGACGGCGCGGCCCUAAGCGACCGCGUACCAUACUAACCUCCCAGCAGCGCAAGCAGUUCAAGGCCUCGUUUGAUCAGUCGCCCAAGCCAUGCCGCAAGGUGCGCGAGGCGUUGGCCAAGGACACGGGUCUAUCCGUGCGUGUGGUGCAAGUCUGGUUCCAGAAUCAGCGGGCCAAGAUGAAGAAAAUACAGCGCAAGGCGAAACAGAAUGGCGGCACUGCGGGCGGCUCAGGCAAUGGGCGUGGCAACAGCAGUGCCGGCGCCUCUGAUGACAAGGACGCCAGCGAAAAGGAGGAGAAGUGCGUGAAACAGGAGCAUGGCGUGGACAAUGUGGGCGGUUUCCUGAGUGGCAUGGACAGCGCAUUUGCCAGUCAGCCGCUGAAUCCGAAUUUGCCCUUCUCACCGGAUGACUAUCCGGCCAAUUCGAAUGACAGCUUCUGCAGCUCCGACCUUUCGCUGGACGGCAGCAACUUUGACCAGCUGGAUGACGACGCCGAUUCGCUGUCCCUGAACAAUCUGGAGCUGCAGUCGACCAGUUCGUCGGGGAACCACAAUCAGCACUCGAAUCCGCACGACAUGCUGGCCAAUCUGAAUACGAGCCUUAUCAAUCCCAUCGACAAGCUGUAUCUCAUGCAGAACUCGUACUUCAGCUCGGACCACUAAGCGCCGGACCCGAACACGCACACGGACACAGACAGAGUCGUAUCCAGACG